AAUUUCAAACCAAAUCAGUUUAAUCACGUUUAAUCUUGUUUAUCUUUUUCUGUCUUGUUCUACAGCCAAACUAUUUUUCUAUGAUCUUGUUUAAACGAUUAUGGUUUAAAUUGUUUAAAUCUAUGGUUUAAACUAGGAACCAGAGAUAACGUUGUCUCCGCUAGGAACAGAGGUUAUGUUAUGUGUACGGCAUUUGUAAUCAAAAUUCAAAAAUAACAAUAUAAUAGUUUGUAUAAUUGUAUGAAAAAUAAGAUAAACAGGAAAAAACGCGUAAAAAAUAAUGUCUAGCAGCGACACAUUACCAGUUUGGGAAAAAUUCUAUCAAAUUGUCUCGAGAAGUAAUGAACACGUUACAGACGAAGUGAUAGACGAAACGCUAGAUAUUUGUCAGAAAAAAAUUGUCAAUGUUUUGUUGGAUUACAAGCCAUACACAAAAGAAAGUUUUGAAAAAUGGAAAAAAGAAAUAACAAUAGGAGAUGAUGAAAUGUCUUAUUUUAUAAAUCGAAUGAGUAAAGAGUUGGACUUAGAUGUUACAAUAGCUUGGUCAGUUAUAUGCAAUUAUCUUAUUUUUCGAUACUAUGGAAAAGUAGAUGAAUUGAAGUCAAUUAUACGAUAUGAAGCUAAUGUUAAAUCUUUCAUAGACCACAUCUGGUAUUUUUACACAUCUGACCGUAUGUUUUUAUUGAAAACCCUACGUUUUAUAUUUGAAAAGCUGUCGGAAAGAGAGCAUGUGUUUUUUGAAAAGUAUAACAAUUUUAUAAGCACUAUAGAUGUAAUGCAACUAUGGAAAAAUCUAGGAAGCACAUUUGAGAAUCUUUUAAAAGAAGUGGACAGAGAAAAAAGUAAUAGAGUUUCAAGUGAUAUUUUAACAAAAUGGGUACAAAGAAACAAUAGGGAACAAUCAGAAGUUCUUAUUUUGAUGAUUCAUGCUUUAAAUGUUUUACCUUUGGAUGGAGAGGAACUGGUAUAUACUUUAACAUUGUUUAUGAGACACGGCUUUGGUAGGCAUUCACUCUUUUAUGGUGCAGAGUCUUUGUCUAGAUCAAAAGACUUAAUUGAUAUUCAAAAUGCAGAAAUAGGUGUUAUAAUGAUUAUUAUUCAGAGAUAUUGGGGUAUUCAAAAAUACCAAAAACCUUUACCAAAACAGGUCGAAAGUGAUUUAGAACAGUACCAGAUGCAGUCAGAUAAUAGUGUCAUACUACUACUUUGGGUAGUUUUCAAAGCAUCUCUUUCAGACGAUCAUUUAGAAUAUUGUACAAAUGCUUUGGAGGCUCUGAUGGAGAGGAAGGUUUUUAAAAGUCUCAGUACUUUUCUAACGUUAGAUAUAUUUCAAAAUUGCACAGUAUAUGAAAUAGUAAUAGAGGCCGUUCAUAAAUUUUUCUGGGAACUCAUAAGAUUAUGUACUGAUUAUAGAUACAUUUAUGAACAGGAAGGAGUCGUUAAUAUACUAUGUGAAUUAUUUAAAAAGCCCCAUUUAGAUCCAUUAGAAAUUUAUUCACCAUUUUUUGAAAUUGCUGUUGAUAUGUUUCCUUUUAUUUUAAAUAACUUCUUAAACAUGGCAAAAUCAUUAGCUACCUCUGAAAAAUACUAUUUUAAGGUUUUAAAAUUACUGCGAAAUUUUCCUUCUUACUGUACUGAAUUGUUAUGGCCAUAUAUCUCAGAUGCAGUUUAUUCAGAUGAAGAAAAAGAUUUGUUUCUGGGAACUGAUAGAUUUAAAAUCCCAAAAGGCACUUUAACAGAGAGGUGUAACUGUUAUGGUGUAGAUAUGUUGAAGUUCUACUAUAAAUAUAACUAUUUUCAAGUUAUAGAGCAGUAUAUGAGAUCUCUAACUAUGUGGGUCAUAAACACCGGAGAAUACAAUAAAUUUAUCCUAAAUUGUGUGUUAAAAGCUUAUACUUUCUUAAGUUUUCUAAUUAAACAUUAUAGAGGAAAUUUUUGUGAUGAUCAAGAUAUCAGACCUUUGCUCAAGAGACUUGACUGUGUCCCGACAUAUUACAAUAAGGGCGGGUUUAGGAGCUACGAAUUUUUCUAUGUAUUUUUUGAAGUGAAGUGCAGCCUCUUCAUACAUCACAAUGUAAAUUUCCAAGAAGCUUUUCCACUAAUAGUGCGGAAAUCGAUGUUCCCUUCUAUAACAGAUUAUAAUCUCUCGCAAAGUGACCUUAAAAUAAUGCACACAUCUGAAGAUUCGAUUUUGUAUAGUUUUCUGAGAGAAGAAGAAAGAAAGAGAGAUCACAAAUUAUUAUUAAAAUAUACUGAAAUUGUUUUAGCUGUUUUAAAACAAAAAAUUAUGUACAAAGAAGUACUCUACGGUGCCUUGUGGUACGUACUAAAUGUUGUUUUUUUAACCCACCAACAAUGGAACUAUGAUGAAGCAGAUCAGUUUCAACAAGUUAAAAUAUUAAAUACAUGUACUAAGAUUUUUAUUACCGUUCUCCAAGAAAAUUACGAGGAUUUGCGGAACCAAGAUGAAAAAGCCUUAUUUCAUCUUGUCCGAGACUCGUUUCUUAACAACGAAUGCGUUAUCAGCAGCCUAUGCAGCGUUUUCGUCAAAGACAAAUUUUAUUUACAAAACUUGAUGCAUCAAGAAUCAAACUGGAUAGCCGGUUCAUCUUUGGUCGUUAUUGAUACAGUUAAGGCUGAACUAAUUUUACUGCAUCUCAUUUUCAAGUGCAGGAUCAAAAUGUCUGAUGUACCACACUGUAUUAUUGAUGGGAAAACACACACGCUUGCUAAGUCGGCUAGUUUAUAUUUUGUUAAUCCUUAUAACUGUACUUUGGUAGUACUGGCAGGCAAAUUUUUAGACGUUUUAGCGAUGAACGAUAAUAUUCCUUUAAUGUCUUCUCUUGGACUGGACUUGGAUCAAAUCCAAACACUAUUCUUGGAGCGUUUGAGAGAUCCUAUGGAGGAUGAUGAUGUUAAAAUAAACAUUUUAGAUCUUAUCAGCACCUGUAUUUUGCAUCAAACUGGCAUGACAGCUGCUUUUUUCAACAUUACUGCCGCUAAAAAAUGGUAUGAUAAUGAGAGCAAAUCGAAAAACAUUGAAAGAGAUACGGUUCCUAAUUUUAUGAUUGAUUAUCUAGAUAAUAUUGAAAAGUCAGUAGCUUAUUUAAAGAGCCCUUUACAAGUUGGUAUCUUGAGAGUGAUGGCUAUACUUUGGCAAAGCCAAAAACAGCACUUGGUUAAAGAAGUGACUGAGUUACCGCAUUUUUGGAGCUUGCUCUGUGCCCCUCUUUACAAAAAUUUCGAACAAGCUCCUUUGGUAUAUUAUUAUAUUAUUAAAAUACUCAGUAUUCAACUGAUGAAUAAGUCGGCGAGAGACGGAAAGGAAGAAUUAUUUUAUAAGGCCCUAGAAAAAUUUUUUUUGAACCAAAGACAGUUAAGAUUGUUUCAGCAGUAUUUGUAUAAGAUGUUUUCCAAACAAGAUAUGGAAAAGGAACAUCUGGAGUUUCGGAGGAUGCUUAUAGAGGCCUGGGCAGAACUACUAGUAAAUGUGGAGAAACAUAAGAAAAUUUCGCAUUUUCCUAGCAGUGAAUGUCGGUAUUUUUUUGUAGAAUUAUGUCUAGAUGGAGUUAGAAAUAAUUUGAUACAUGAGAACAUCCUUAGUACUUGGUUAGAGUUUGUUUUAGUCAUUGUAGAUAUGUUUGGUUUAAAAUUUGAACAGAGAUAUGAAGAGAUAUCAGAAAAAUCAAUCAAUUUUGCUAAAAUUAUCAACAUAUAUUACGAAAAUAUGUCAGUUAAAGACAAAGUAGUGUCACUCACUAUAAUUCUGAGAAUAAUUAAGGAAUUAAAGGCGAGAUAUGAUGCAAACCCAGAUGAGUUGGCGAAGCUCCUUGACGAAAUCGGUCCUUUAAUGGACACUGAACAUACUCUGUUAGAAGAAAAGAUUUUGACUAUGCUGAAAGAGUGCCAUCCUUCCGCCGCAGCUACCAUCGCCCCAUGGGCCAUGUUCAUUUCAAUAGCGAACUACAUCUUGACUUUAGAUAACUGCGAUUAUUUCACUGUCUGGUUCUCUAACAGAAAAUAUUUGGACAAAAUGAUUAAAUGCACUUGCGAUCUACUCACGUACAAGGAAUCUUUAAGUGCAGGCAAGGUUGCUCUGUAUAGUUUAACGUUAUAUGUUCAGUCUUCAUUGGCUUACGACUUUUUGAAAGUUAAUAUGCUGCAGUUUUAUGACAAAGUCGAACCAAUGGUAAACAAAUUACUCACGGGACAAUUUAGUAAAGUAAACGUUCUAGACCUAAAAGAAGCUUGGUUAUUGUUUACUCUUUUGAUAAAAUUCAACCAAGCCUUUAUCAAAAAAUUUAGGAAAAGUGCCUUAGACAUAUGCUACGCUUUUUUAACUUUAAACGAACAUAUUAUAAAACAUAUAAUUAAUAUACCUCAGAAUACUGUGGAUACGAACGCUUUGGAUUUAUUAAUGCAGACCUUAGUUUUUUACGACGAAAUUUUGGAGCACUGGAACAUAGAAUGGUACAGGAAAAGUAAUAAAACUUAUUCCCUCAUGAUUGAUGGCAUUCGCAGAGUGAUAAAUUGUUGCAUUUAUCUUUGUUUAAGACCGAAACAUAUAGUUUAUUAUUUCUUAGAUAAUUAUUACAGGUUGUUACCUCUAGAUAAAAUGGAGGAAAGUAACGAACUUAUGAUAGUAUCAAUGAAUAGACUGAUUGGAAUUUUAGGAUUGUCAUUUAAUUGUUUAUAUAAAUUAAACAUAAGUUUGCUAGAGAUGUUCGAUUUUUUGGAGCCUGAAGAAUCCAUUACCAUUCUCAUUGAGAAUGACUUCAGUGUCCCACGUUUCGAACUUCCAAUCCCUUGCGAAUUGACUUACGGGAAACUCCUUUGUUUGGCACACUUCCUUUGCAAGACCAUCAACCAGCUUAAGGAAAAACGACCCAAAAAAAUGAUUAAAGUCAAAGAGGAAAAAUAUAAAUACUAUAUAGGUUUGGUUGAACAUCAGGAUCCGAGCGAAAACAUACCGAAUGAAAAAUUAAGUUCGUUUUUAAGAUACCUUGCAGAAGAUUCGGGUUUAGUAGAUCCAUGGAUAAACCACCUGCAUCCUGACAAUGUACAAAAAACUGCAGAUGUAUUGAUGUUAUUUACAGCCCAACAAACGUUUUUAACAUUAAGGGUAUUGGAGCCUCAUCAGAUAAUGUAUUAUAAAAGGAACCUGUCGUCUGAAUUGCAAUUUUUCAAUGAGUUUGUGAAGAAGCAAACCUCCGAAUUGCUAGACAGUUCAAAAUUGACAUCGAAAAGUCAAGUGUCUCCCUACAAAGCUGAUAUGGACAUAAUAAAACGUUAUUUGCUUUAUCACUGGGAGCAUAAGAAACAGAAUGAUGUAUGUAACCAAAACUUUUUGUUGAUUAUUUCAUAUUGGUUUUCUAAUAUUUGUCAAAUUCAGUAGAUACUAAAAAUAAAGAGAUUUUUGUAAAUUAUUAAAAUAAAAUUGUUUUUUAGAAGCACAUUUUUUUUCCUUAAAAAUGUUGGAAAUAUUGGAAAUAAAAGUUUAAAUACUCUUAACUAUAUUUAGCCUCCUCAAUAUUAGAAUACAGUAACAUACUUACAUUGAUACUAAAAAAAAACAAAUUGAUUUUCACAUAAUUUAUACAUUUUAUAUUCAUAUAUUAGAAAGAAACAUCAUUGACUUGGUAAAUUGGAUAAUCUAAUAAGAAAAUUUAGUGAUUUACAAAAUAUAUAUUAUAUAUAAUAUAUUAACUAUAUAUUUUCUUAACAUAAAGAUUAAAACAGUAAGCGGUUUUUAUUGCAAAAAUUUCUAUUCUUACCGCUCAUUUUUGUGCAAAAGGCAUGUGCAGAAAUACAGCAGUUUUUUAGAUAAAUUGCAUAAAAUUGAAGUAAGAUUUUUUCAUCUAGACUUAAAACCUUUUUUAACAGUCAUAAAUACAUAUGUGAAUAUUUAAAAAAGCGAAAGUAUAUGGAAGUUUUUUUUUAAAUAUCCCAAGUGAAAAAAAACACUUAGUAUAUAUUGUAGAACUAAGGAAUAUAUGCUAAACAUCCAUAAACAUACUGUGAUUUUUUUUCCUACAUCAAAACAAAACUCUACAUUCUCUAAAUAGUAUUUAGUCUAAAAAUAUCUCAAUUUAAACCUAAAGUUUCACAAAUUAAUACAUAAAACUCUAAAGAAAAUUAUGGUCGAAUAAGCAUUUUAGCACUCAGUAGUAAUAGACAUUUAUUUCUCUUCUUAUUUAUAAAAUAUAUAAAUAAAUAAUAUAAUCCAUACCAAAAACGAAAAUAUUCUCUAAAAUUGGUGUGCCCUUUUUUAUAUCCACACAUACUACAGUAUAGUCAAAAAAUUAAUUUAUCGAAAGGAUUUAAUUUUCCUCAGCUAUGAAUAUUAAGUUUAGUCUUAAGUUUUUUUGACUGGUUUCUUUACUUGGGCAUUUUUCUGAUAAUGCAGCAAUUUUACUUGUGUCUAGCCCUAGCAGGCAACUAUUAAGCCCGACCAAUCACGUUAGAGUUUUUGACAAAAACCAAUGAUUUAACACACUCCAAAUAACCACGCUAACCAACCUGAUUGGUCAAGCUUAAUAGUUGCCUGCUAGGGCUGGACGCUUCUGCAAUUUUUGACUAUACCUUCUUUAUUUCAAUUAUAUAUAAGUAAAACUGUAGGAUGUGUUUAUUUCAUAAGUGGUAAAUUUCACAGAUAGCUAAACAUUUAUACAAUGCAAAAAGGUGUACUAUUAAAUGUAAUUAGUUUUUUUACAUUACCCUACAAAUAUACUGUAAACUGUCCGUAAGAUAAAAUAAAAAAAUAAACCCACUAAUGAUAGUCGUCGCACUGGGAAAACAUUAGUUUAAGUUUUCAAACACUAUAAGCAAUACAGUAAAAUCGCAGUUAACUUUACUUCUCCAUAAUGCUUCUAAUGUAUAGAGUCCACUAAAGGUGUCUAUAUAAUGAAAGCCAUCCAUGUUUUAUUAGAAAAAUCUUUUUUUUUUGUAAAAUAUUACUCAAAGAUUUUUUUAAAUAGGCAGUAUAAUACAUUUGAUAUAAUUAAAGGAUGGGGUGAUAUGGUAUUAUGAAAAUAAAUAUAGUAGCGCUUUAUGGAGAAAAUUUCACUGAGUAAAACUUCAAGGUUUUUCUAUGCACGUACUGAAGAGGAGAAAACAAAAUGUUUUUUGGUCAAAAUAUAUACCAUGACUUGGGGAGUCUGAGCGUCUUAAAACUGAGAAAUUUUCUUCAUUUAAGUAAUCCUUUGAAAAAAGGAGAAAAAACUCCAUAUUUUUAUACAGUUUCGUGUAGAACUCGCUAAAUCUCUGUAAGGGUUUAUUACUUUUUUUAUUGAUUUGCUUCCUGCUUCAGUAUGUGUAUAGGCCAAAAAUUGUCAAUUUUCCUUCCUUCUGGGAAAUUUUAACGUUUAUAAAUGCAUAUACCUAGUACAGGGUUACAGAAACUAUCACGUUAACUCCUAUUCCUACUAUAAUCAAAAAUGAAGGUAAAUCCUUCACAAACUAUUUAAUGGGGAAACAAGUAGCACUAUCAUAAAUGACAAGUUUAUCAUAUAAAAGUUAACUAUAUUUUUCAACAACCCUGUAUAUCAGCAAAAACAUUACCUUUAAAUGUCGAACAUUUUCUUUUUAUUUAAUAUUAAACUAGCCACUUUUACGGAACUAUAUGAAUAUGAACAUGUUUUUGAAAAAACUACAGGCAUCUACUUAAUACCAAUGCAUUUUAUUAUUAAACAUUCUAAUUUACAAAAAACGGGCGAAUAUUUCUAGCAAAUUUGAAUUGUUGUCUAUCAAAUUUAUUGGCUUUGAGCAAAAACACCAAAUAUCAACAAAGAAAUGUAAAAUAACAUUUACUUUAUCACUAGAGGACUAGAGUCCAGUUUAUCUGAUUCUAAAGCCAUUCUUCUUAUGUUUUGAAUAACACUAAUUGCCAAAUAUACAUCAAAAAUUAGAAAAAGGAUAAACUGGAUUUCAAAAGUGUCAUAUAUAUGUCGAUUAUUAAUUAUAUAAUUUUU